AUGGACGCCUCCGAAGAAGACCUCGACAUCAAGUUGCAAAAAGUAUCGGCCGAUCUCAUUGCAGAUUUCGACAAGUCUCUCGGCCCUUUUCUUAGAAAGCAAGAUGGUGCAGGCCGGUCAGCAGUGCGGUCGCGCGUGCGCAGCCGUGAAACUGAGCGUCUGAUCUCUUCACUCCUCGACCCCUUUCAAGAACUUCCCCAGCUCCUGGACCCGCACCUUCCCAUCUGGCUCCCUGCUCUAAGCGAUGCCUACCUAGAGCACCUCCUCACCCGCCGCCCUUCCCCUUCAUCCAACACCACCAGCAUCUCAGGCCGAUCCAAUGACUUGUUAAUGCCCCUCCCGCGCGCCAUAUGCAAGCUGCUAUACACCUUCUGCAAAAUCCGCGGGGAGAAGGUCGUCGUGCGGUUCCUUAGUAAUGAAGCCAGGUAUCUCGAGGUGCUGCUAUCGGCGUUGGAGGACGCGGAGCGGGCUGCUGAAUCCAAGUCCGGUUCCAACCCCAAUCCUGAUCCUCUCGGUGGUGGUGGUGGUCUUGAUGAUAUCAGUCAUGGCCAGGCGGUUGCGGUCCGGGUGGGGGCCUGGACGUGGGAGGAGCGGUACGUGGUGCUGCUUUGGCUGUCGCAUCUGAUGCUGGCGCCGUUUGACCUGGCGACGAUUUCGUCGUUGGAGGAGGAGGAGGUGGUGGCGGGGGAGGAAGAAGCGGAAAAGGAGGAGAAGAGGAAGAGGGUGGGUGGAUUGACGCUGCCGGCCGGGUUGCCCAGCAUCACGACCCGGAUCCUGCCGCUGGCUGUCAAGUACCUGGCUUCGCCGGGGAAGGAAAGGGAUGCGUCCAAGGCACUGCUGGUGAGGGUUGCCAUGAGGAGGGAUAUGCAGGAGAUGGGGGUGCUUGAUGCGCUGGUGCGGUGGGCGUUGGCAGCGCUGCGGCCGCAAGACGGGGCCGAGCGCACGCCGUAUCAUUAUAUUGGCGUGUUGUCGUUUCUGGCCGGUGCUCUGACGACAUCGGAAAAUACCUCGGACAUGAAUUCGUACCUGACCAUCAUCUUCCACGCUGUGCACGGUAUCGCCGUCGAGGGGGGCAAGGCCGGGGGCAUGAUGGCGUCCGCCCUGGCGCGCAAGACCAUGAUCAAGGUCAUCCGGGCGAUUGCCGUGCUGCUACUGAGGCGUCCUCAGGACAUGGAGGGCAUGGAGAUGGUCGAGACAGCCAUUGGGUUCUUACUGGAGAAUUUGGCCGACAACGACACGCCCGUCCGGUUUGCCGCCAGCAAGGCCCUCAGCGUCAUCACGCUCAAGCUGGACGAGGACAUGGCGUUGCAGGUUGUCGAGGCUGUGCUCGAGUCUCUGAACCGGAAUGUCUUACGCGUCGAAAGUCCUGGAGAAGCGGCAACACCAAAGAAAGACCUCAGCAUGGUCGAUCCCCUGGAGUGGCACGGCCUGAUGCUGACACUGUCCCAUCUGCUCUACCGGCGGUCCCCACCCGCAGAGAAUUUGGCCGAUAUUGUUCAAGCGCUGCUCAUGGGUCUGUCGUUUGAGAGACGCAGCACGUCUGGGAGCUCUACUGGCGGAAAUGUCAGAGACGCCGCAUGUUUCGGCAUCUGGGCGCUUGCCCGGCGGUAUACUACGGCUGAGUUACUAGCAGUACCGACCGCGACGUUGACUGCCGAUUCCAGCUCAGGAGUUUCAAUACUGCAGAUCAUCGCUACCUCUCUUGUUGCCGCUGCCUGCCUGGACCCCUCCGGCAACAUCCGAAGGGGGUCUUCGGCGGCGCUGCAAGAGUUGAUCGGCCGCCAUCCCGACAGAGUCGAGAAGGGUAUUUGGGUUGUCCAGACAGUCGACUACCACGCCGUGGCCCGGAGGUCGCGAGCGCUGCAUGACGUUGCCCUCGGCGCCACCAAGCUCUCCGGGCAGUACGGAGAAGCCAUCUUGGAGGCUUUGCUGGGCUGGAGAGGGGUUGGCGACGUCGACGCAGCUUCUCGCCGUGCGGCGGGCGCGUCAUACGGCAUGAUUACCGCAGAGUUGGCCUCGACCGAAUUCAACCAUAUCCAGCGGCUGACACGGUCUGUGUCUCUGGUUUUGGACCACAUCAAAUCACUUGAGAGCCGUCAAGUCGAAGAAAGGCACGGGCUAUUUUUCAGCUUUGCAGCUGUUUUGGACGCGCUACCUGGUGUUGCGACGAUAAAAGACGGAGCCCUUGACCAACUCAUCCAGCUCUCGAUGGACGCAUUGCUGGCUAUCCUCCAAGACUGCAACUCAAAGACCUACCGCAAGCCGGAGCUGGUCGCCGAAGCUGCCAGUCGGCUGAUCAUCUCAUCGUUUCCUGUGCUCCAGGCAGCCACCUCAGCUUCCACCAACCUGCUGCCUGGGCGUUCGCUCAGGACCAAAACGGGCGAUGAGCUCGCCCAGCUGGUGAACGUCGUGGGUGCCAGGACCGAAAAGCUGGGUACCUUCAUCGCCCUCGUCAGGGCCAACCUGCAAAAGUGGCUCGUCUGGCCAGACCUAGAGAUCGUCUCCGCCGCGUCCGAGGCCGCGGUAGUCCUCAUGAUCUUCUGCAGCGACGCGGAACGCGACGAGGCCAUCCGCGGAUGGGCCGAGGCCGCCAGGGAGCGCCAGUCCUCCAAGACGCGCACAACAAGCGGCCACUUCUCUGCGCUGGCAGCCGUCUAUCCCAUGGCGUCGACCAUGGCGCUCGAGGAGGACGAGACGCUCAUCUGCGACGCCAUCACGGAGCGCUGGCGGAACGACGUCUGGACAGACACGCACGCCUGCAUCCUCCAGAGCCUGACCGGCAGCGAGCUUCUCAAGCAGAAUACCGACGUGUUCUUCGACCUUGUGGCGCAGGGUCUGGAUGAUUACACGACAACUGCUCAAGGAGACGUUGGAUCUCAUGUUCGGCUUCAAGCGAUCAGGGCGACAAAGUCACUGUGGGAAAUGCUGGACGAGGAUCCAGGGACCAAAGUGCCGCUUGUCGGGGGACUGUUUCUGCGGAUCCUACGACUGGCGGCGGAGAAGCUGGACCGGGUCCGGGCUGCGGCACAGGCAGCGCUUGCUGUGGUCCUGAAGCCAGCGCAAGCCGCGGCGCUGCGUAGGUCGACUUUCUCGUCCAAGGGCUACUUUGUCUUUCUGCUGGACCUGCUCCAGCAAGACUGGCUGCACCCCGCCGUGUCCGAGGUCAAGGCGGACGCAGAGCGAUGGAUGGACGCGUUGAUGGCUGGCUUCGUGUCGUCUGCCGACACCGGCAACGAGGAGCUCGUCAUUGCGACCCGGGCCGCGCUGUGCGAGUUCUGCGAGCGCUCGGCCGCCAGCACGGAUGCCGUGUGCACGGCGCUCGCCCGGAACCUGAAGGCCUGGCAGGGGACGGACCGGGUACUUGUCCCAACGCUAGAGGUAAUAGCCUUCCUCUUCCAUGUCGGCAUCUUUGCUCAGUGCAGCGGGGUAAACUACAAGAGCCUGUGUCUGCAGGUGCAGAAGGCCUGCUAUAAGACGGGCAACGUCCGCAAAAUCGAGGCGUGCAUCAGGGUGUACGGCGCCAUCGCGGAGCUCGGCCGGGAUGCCGGACGCGGCGAUGGCGAUGAUGCGUGCAAGAAGCAGGAGGGCGUCCGCGAGGCACGAGCUCGCCUCGGCGCACUCAUGUUCCACCCCUGGCCGCGGGUCAAAAGCACCGUCGUGGACGAGCUCUGGGCCCUGCACUACGACGAUCCCGCGGCGCAGGCGCUCAAGAGCGUCGACUGGGCCAGGGCGGAAAAAGCGAAGAUGAAGACGGUGGUGGGGGCUCUGGGGCUGGCUUAA